GGACCAUCUAUAUAUACCAUUGCAAGUCUCACGUGGUGGCAUCUCACCAAAGAUGGCAGCAAAAACUGAAAAUUAUACAUCAAACGUGGAGGCUGGUUGGGUGGAAAGAUAUCUCGAGGGGAGCCGUAUCAUUGCUCCAGCUGGGCAGAAAGAGGGGUGAGAGUAGGAGUGCAGGAAAUGCUGUCUGCUAACCUUGGUAAAAGAAUUAAAGAAAAAGGAAAUCUCAUGCCACUGGAUUAAUGAGUCUGAUCAUAAGAACCUUUAAGCACAGGGACAGGAACAAGUGGGAGAAAGGAUUUCUAGCAUCUGCAGGUUUUUUUUGUUUUGUAUCAUUUUUCCAAUGCAACUUUGUUUCUUGUGUUUCGUUGACGAAAUCACACAGGAGGAUGGCUUGGUUGCCAUUCGCGGUCACGGUACCGCUCUGUCCCUUUCCUAGAGGCUGAACGCUGUCUGCCCUGUGGGAUCCGUGCCCAUGCGAGGACGUCAGGGAAUGGGGAGGGCCGCCGAUGGAGAGUCCGGCUGCGGCGUUCACCGAGCCAAUGUCCCUGCAUACCGCUCGCAGCCUGGUGCGGGACAUCAGGGUCAAUGUGCUAGAGUGCAAAGUCUGCUUCGAGUACUACGGCGACAGUGCGGCGCACCGACCCUGCGUGCUGCCGUGCGGGCACGCCGUGUGCCGCCAUUGCGCCCGGGCACUGGCCCGGGCCGGGGAACUACAGUGUCCGUUCUGUCGGCGCUGCGGGCCGCCGUCGCUGGUCGCCGACUGCCUGCCCCUGCUGCAGCUCGCGGAGCUGCUGGGCCCGGAGCAUGAGAGUGGCGGCGGCAACGGGCCAUAUUCCCUCUCACAGCCCCGGCUGACGGCAGUAUAUGGGGGCUGGGGCCAGUUACUCAACCCCAGGGCGCUGGCCGUGUGCUCCGGGCUGCUGGCGGUGGCUAAUGACGGCUCCCGGCCGGUGCGGCUGUGGGAUCGCGGCGGGCGCUGGCUGGACGCCGAGACCGCGGGCCUGGUGUACCCGCUGGGCGUGGCGCUGGCCGGCGGUGGGCGGCUGCUGGUGGUGACGGACGGCGGCGACUUGUCGCUCAAAGUGUUCGCUCUGGGGGACGGCCGGAGCCCGGCGGCCGUCCGGGGCGGCUUCGGCCUCCCGUGGGGGGUGGCCGCUGGUCCAGGCACCGGCCAGGUGGCGCUGACGGACGCUGGGCGAGGCUCCUUGCUGCUGCUGAGCCUGCGGCUGCCCGGCGGCGCACUACUGGGCACCGAGAGCGUGUGCGAGGGGCUGCGCUGCCCCCGGGAGGUGGCCGUGUGCCCGCGGCACGGCUGCAUCCACGUGGUGGAGCACCUUUUGCCGCCGGGAUCCGCCGCCGUUCGCCUCAAGACCUUCAACAGCCGCUGCCAACUGAUCCGCCAGCUUGACAGCACCGGCUUCAGCCCGGCCGCCCGCAUCCCCGCCGGACUCUCCGCCAUCGCCGUGGACGGCGAGGGCAACGUGCUGAUCGCCGACGGGCUGGGUGGCACGGUGGGUCGUAUAGGUGUUCCUGGAGCCCAGGUGUACAGCAUCCUCGUGGACCGGGGGCUGAUCCGCCCAGCGGGGCUGGCGUGCACCGCAGACGGCGAGCUGAUGGUGCUGGACGGCGGAGACCACACGUGGAAGGUGUACGCCGCUCUCGAUCUCCCCACGCCUCCCGCUGGAGAGCUGCCCUGACGAUAUCCCGCCUUCGCUGUAUUUAUUGUUGUAUUUAUUAUUACCAUGUAUACCGUUUACUCUGUGGAGCUUCACGUAAGCAAGGAAUUUCGUUACACCCUGGUGCAUAUGACAAUAAUCUAAUCUGAAUCUGCAGCCCGGUGCUAUCGAACCGAAUUUUGACUGCUGUAAAAUUUUCUUAUGAACUGGAACACUUUAAUUUAUUUGAAUUGUGGUGCAUCUAUCUGUAAUGCCAUUCAAGAAACCUUUAAGAUACAACAAAGGAAUCUAGGUUUUGACUUGACACUUUGCAGAGAUUGCAGUGUUUAUCCAAACGUGGUGGUAUGUGGGACAAACAUACACGUGUCAUUCUCAAUAUUC